AAAUUCCGGCUCUGGGGCCGCGCAGUCCCAAGAAACCAGUAUGCGGGAAGGUUCUCUCAUUUUCAGGGGCAGCGCCCUCACGUCUGGUCCGAGAAAACAACCACCCUAGGACUGGAUCCUCAGGCGGGGAGCGGCCGGAAGCGCAGCGUUCAGUACCCAGUUUCCUGUCCGAAGUAGCAGAACCGGGGGGAAGGCAGCGUCCCGGCCUCCUCCGCAGACGUCCGGGUCAAGCUCCGGGAACCUCGGGCCGGCCGCGCAUGCUCAUGACGUCACAUCCAAUGGCGCUUGCUGCUGGGCCGCCGGACUCGUGGGGCGCGGUUGCGCUCUCUUAUGACGUCACAGCCGUGCUCACCUCUCGUCGCCCGGCAGGCUCGGCGCUGUAGCGGCCGCGUCGAGAGACGGAGGAGGGCUCCGAAGAGGGCACCGGGGAGGCCCGCCCACGUCCAGGCACCGAGCUGGAGCCCGGCGCCUGACCGGCUGCUAGCGCACGCACAGACCUCCGCCCCGCUGGGUCAUGGACUCCGGGCGCUCCCGCUCCCACUUCCAGUCGGACCUGGACUUCUGUCCGGACUGCGGCUCCAUCCUGCCCCUGCCCGGGGUUGAGGACGCGGUCACCUGUAUCCGCUGUGGCUUUUCAGUCGACGUGCGAGACUUCGAGCAGAAGGUGGUCAAGACCACGUUUGUGUUCCACAAGGUGGGGAUGGCGGUGCCCGUGGCGGCGGACGACGGGCCUGAGUUCCAGGGGCCCGUGGUGGACCGGCGCUGCUCGCGAUGCGGCCACGAGGGGAUGGCCUACCACACCCGGCAGAUGCGCUCAGCCGACGAGGGGCAGACGGUCUUCUACACCUGCACCAGCUGCAGGUUUCAGGAGAAAGAAGACUCUUGAUUUUUUUUCUGGACGACUCAGCAAGCCCUCCCUCUUGUCUUCCUUGGAAGGUGAAGGGUAUUGGGUUCUUAGAUCCUUUGUCCAUCCUGGUUGCAAUGUUUUGCUCCCACAGGACACGAUUACAUGCCAUUGUUCCCAGAGUACACCUACUCUUGUUGUUUCCUUAUUAAAGUUGUAUUUUUUUAUAUGA